AUGCCAUGUACAUGACUUGUUUUAUAACCUUGCUUGCUGCACAUUGUUUACUUGUUUCUUCAUGCCCAGAAGAUAAAAAUCCUUUGAAUCAAGUCAUGUCGGUUUCAACAAGUUUAUCCUUUGUUGAAGAACAAGUAAUCACACCUGAAAAUGAAGUAGAGCAGUUUCAGUUGCUUGCUGCGGUUGAGGAUUCAUAUGAGGGAGUAGUUGUGGACAUGAACGAUCAUCAGCCCUUGGAUUCUGAAGUUUUAACUUCUUUGCUCAGAGCUUCAAUGUCACAAUGGAAGCAAAAGGGGAAGAGGGGCGUUUGGAUCAAAUUACCUAUUAAACUUUCGAAUCUUGUUGAUGCUGCAGUUAAGGAAGGAUUUCGGUACCACCAUGCCGAACCAGAUUACCUAAUGCUCGUGCACUGGAUUCCUGAAACGGUUGAUACUCUUCCUCCAAAUGCUUCACACCGGGUAGGCAUUGGUGCUUUUGUCAUGAACAGUAAAAGAGAGGUGCUUGUGGUUCAGGAGGUCAGUGGCUUUUUUAGAGAUACAGGUGUAUGGAAGUUGCCAACUGGAGUUGUGAAUGAAGGUGAGGAUAUUUUUGCAGCUGCUGUUAGAGAAGUCAAAGAAGAGACUGGAAUUGAGACAGAAUUUGUGGAAAUUUUAGCAUUUAGUCAAAGCCAUGAGGAAUUCUUCCGAAAAUCAGAUUUGUUUUUCGUUUGCAUGUUAGAACCACAUUCCUUUGACAUCCAGAAGCAGAACCUAGAGAUUGCAGCAGCCCAGUGGAUGCCGAUUGAGGACUAUGCAGCUCAACCCUUUGUCAAACAAAACAAGCUGUUUAAUGAUAUAGCACAAAUAUGUUUGGCAAAAUCAGAUAAGGACUAUACCGGUUUUACUCCUCUGGGAACAACUACAUCCUCCGGAAAAGCAAACUACUUGUACUUGAACAAUCAUGACAUGGUCAAAUUACUGACUUCUAGCACUGAUCAGCACUAGAAAGCUUGAUCUGAUCAACUCCAAAAAUUAUUUGAAAGGGCAGUCGUUUUGGAUCUUACGUUGAUGUCUUAUGAGUUCUAUGACUGUCAAUAAUGGUUCCUUUAGAUACUGGUGUAACUGAUGUCUCAGAUAGACAUAUGUUCUGAAGUUGUGUUUGGAUUUUAGAUUAUAGAUUGGAAACCUGCUAACUGAUUUGAGGCAGAUUUCC